CUACAUGCUCGGUUCCGAUGAAAUGCGCACCCACCUGAGAUUCUCCAUAACUGAUCUCAUCACAAGAGGCAUUCUGUCUUGAAGCGUAUAAAGAGAGAGUCAGAGAGAGAGAGGGGAUAGUGAUCAAUGGCAGGAAUGGCAGCGAUGACGCGGGCAAGUUCCGGCCUGGCGUACCCUGCCCGGUUCUAUUCAGCGGCAGCUUACGUAGGCUUCGACGGAUCCGCCGAUUCCGGCAAAUCCGUCACCUCCAAGUUCUCGAAAGACGCCGCUCUCUUGCUCUACGCACUCUAUCAGCAGGCUACCAUCGGGCCUUGUAAUAUCCCUAAGCCUAGAGCAUGGAGUCCAGUGGAGCAAAGCAAAUGGACAAGCUGGAAUGGGCUUGGGAAUAUGGCUACUGCUGAAGCAAUGCGUCUGUUUGUGAAAAUAUUGGAGGAGGAAGACCCAGGGUGGUACUCUAGGGCAUCAAGUUUUGAUUCAAAGGCAGUUGAAGAUGUAGAAAUGAAUCAUAAUCCAAACGUUGAGCCACUUGAUGAAAAUGGAAGUGCUUUACCUGAUAUAAAAGCUAUUCCUGCUGAAAAUGGCAAUUUGCCAGAGGCUCUGGACAAAGAUGACCUGCCAGAAGGCUCUGGUGCAGUUAAUGUAUAUGACCAGUGGGUUGCACCUCCAGUAUCUGGUCCACGCCCAAAACCAAGAUAUGAGCAUGGAGCAGCUGUCAUUGAUGAUAAGAUGUAUAUAUUUGGUGGUAACCAUAAUGGGCGUUACCUCAGUGACCUCCAGGCUUUAGAUUUGAAAAGUUGGACAUGGUCAAAGGUUGAUGUUAAAGCAGCUAGCGAUGCUUCUUCUCCAAUUGGUCCUUGUGCGGGUCAUACCCUGAUAUCAUGGGAGGGAAAUAAGCUUCUUUCAGUUGGUGGGCAUACAAAGGAUCCUUCUGAAACUCUUCAAGUGAAGGUGUUUGAUUUGCACUCACAUACAUGGUCAACUUUGAAGACAUAUGGAAAACCACCGGUUUCCCGUGGAGGUCAUUCAGUCACUGUUGCAGGAACUACAUUAGUCAUAUUUGGAGGACAAGAUGCAAACAGAUCUCUUUUGAACGACCUGCACAUUUUAGAUCUAGAAACAAUGACCUGGGAUGAAAUGGAUAUGCUGGGUGUUGCUCCUUCUCCAAGAUCUGAUCAUGCUGCUGCCGUACAUGCUGAGCGUUACCUUCUUAUUUUUGGUGGGGGCUCACAUGCCACUUGCUUUAAUGAUCUACAUGUGCUUGAUUUGCAAACGAUGGAAUGGUCAAGACCCACACAACAAGGGGAGAUACCUAGUCACCGAGCUGGUCAUGCUGGUGCAGCGGUCGGAGAGAAUUGGUUUAUUGUCGGGGGUGGCAACAACAGAAGUGGGGUCUCUGAAACAGUUGUUCUCAACAUGUCUACAUUGGUUUGGUCUGUUGUGACUAAUGUUCAAGGACGUGUUCCCCUUGCUAGCGAGGGGUCAAGUCUGACUCUGUGCUCAUGUAAUGGUGAAGAUGUUAUUGUUUCUUUUGGUGGAUAUAAUGGACGGUAUAGUAAUGAGGUCAAUGUACUCAAACCGAGCCAUAAAUCGAGCUUGCAAACAAAAAUGGAGACUCCAGUGCCUGAUAGUGUUUCUGCGGUGCAAAAUGUUACAAAUGCAACCAGAGAUAUGGAAUCUGAACUUGAAACUGGCCAAGAAGGAAAGAGCAGGGAAAUUGUGAUAAAUAACAUUGAUUCACAGCCAAUGGGCAAAAAGGGUGAGGAGGGCAGCGAAGAUCUUUUGUUGUCUCUCAAGCUAGAGAAGGAAGAACUAGAGUCUUCCCUCAACAAAGAGAAACUGCAAACUCUUCAAUUCAAGCAAGAGCUGGCAGAUGCCGAGACUCGCCACGUUGACCUUUACAAGGAGCUGCAAUCUGUGCGCGGUCAACUUGCAGCUGAACAGUCUAGAUGUUUUAAGCUUGAGGUUGACGUAGCGGAGCUACGACAGAAGCUCCAGACAAUGGAAACCUUACAAAGGGAACUUGAACUCCUCCAGCGACAGAAAGCAGCUGCUUCAGAGCAGGCUGCCUUGACUGCCAAGCGAAGGCAAAGCUCGGGCAGUGUCUGGGGCUGGCUCGCUGGGACACCUCAUGAUCAGAAAACCGACGAUGAUUGAUGAUCAAUGUCUGAAUGAACUGGACAGACGGUUAUUUUGAUUAUUUUUUUUUUUGAAUAUUAAAGAAAUUAUGUUUCUAUUUUUUAAGAAAAGAAAAAAGAUGGGACUUUACAGAAACAGAACAAAGAAAUGUAAUUUGAAUUUUAUACGAAAACAGUGGAACCAUAGUGGACAGUGUGCAAAAUUUUUGGGGGUGUUUUAGUUGCAAAAUUAUGAGUGUGUGCAAUAGUUAGUCGUUGAGCUUCACGAACAACUUUGUUGG